AUUUGUAAUUAUGUGUAAUUUACCACUUAAAUAUCGUCAAGUUUGUCGAUUGUGCCUCACAUUGGUAAAUGAGUGCGAAAUAACAAAACUUCAAAUAUAUAGUUCGUCACCGGUGUACUCCAAUGUGGACUCCUUAACUUUAACCCCAUUCAAUGAAAAAAUAAAGCAGUGCAAAUGCAAUUUAACAGAAAGUUCAACAAAAUGUUUAAACUCGAAUGAAUGUAGUUGUGAUAACCCACUAUCAGUAGUUGUGACCAAACAUGAAGAUGAAGUGGACCCUAGUGAACCAUCAGAAAUUCAUACAAACUUUUACACACCGAAUGUGCCUUCUAACGUUGCUCAUUCGUUUUCAUUUUCUAACAAAAAUUUAUUGGAACGGCAAAUGACAGUCUCUUCAGUAUUGAAAUUGCGAUCAUCGCCCACGCAAGUCGUGCAACAACAGGAAACAAAGGAAUCAUGUGAAGUCAGAAGCACAAAAUUUCAAUUAGAAAACGAUUUUCCAAAGAGAGAACAAGCUAUUGGUGAAAAUAAUGGUAAAUCAACAAAUACAAGACGAUCUAAUGAAAACAGUGGCAAUGUUUUUAUGGAGGAGGAAGAGCACAGUGAUGAUUCAUCACCACACAUUACAAUUCAGAUACUCAACUGUCUCUCUAUUAAGCCUUUGCCGAAUGAUGGAUUUCCCACCGUCAUCUGCCGAGAUUGUAGAGCCAAACUUAAAUCUUUUUGGAAGUUUCGUUCAAUGGCUCUUAAUUCACAUGAAGCUCUGAAAGAAUUUCUAACAGCGACGGAAUGCUCUAAUGUUGACGCGGGAACGCUAGAAAUGAAACUGGACACAAUCUUGAAAUCUUCAUCUGAAGCCAUAGCUGCGAAGGCUCUUACCGAAUUAAGCAAAUCUUCAAAAAACAUGUUUACCAACUCACAGUUUGAUGGAAGCUUUAACAAAACCCACAACGAUCGGCUUCAAAAUGAAAUCACGAAAAUGAAUGAAAUUCGAAAUAUUCAAACGCCUCCAUUAUUUCUAAACUCAUUCAAAUCACCAACAGCCUUAUUAAAACCUCCUUUAAGUAAUAUUAAAAAUAAAGAAUUCACUGUCCAAGAUAUUUUUUCGUCGGUGUCUAACGAUAGAAAACCCGAAAAAAUGUUUGAAUUGGAUAGGGCUGCAGAUAAAAAAGAUUCAGAAAAUGAACAAUAUAAAAACAUGCAACAGCAACUAGAGACUGCCGCAGUCCUUAUGGAUAUAAGUAAAAAAAUAGUUAUUUCACCACCUUGCUCGAACCCCCAAUCUCCAAGUCUUUCUGCACAGGCAGAAACAAGUAUUAAGAGUUCUGUGAUAAAAUCAAAACGUCCAUCAAACAAAAAUGAAUUUCAAGACGGCGUGGAAAUAGAUCUAUCCAUCAAAAAACAAAAAUCUGAUUUCUUAGAUCCACGGAACUUAGUUCCAAUACAUCACACGAGUCAGCCUCCAAUACUUAAAAUCAAAGCAAAAUCGUCAAGACCUGAUGAUCGAAAUAAUGACAGUAUUAAUAUGAAUGAAGUCGGGCUGCCUAGUUUCAAAGUUAAAACAUCAAUAAUAGAAAUGGGUAAAGGCCGAGAAACUUGCCUAUCUGAUUCUGAGGAUAGCUCUGAUUCAAACAAAUUGGAAAUGGAUAUUGCAUCGUCGGUUAACGAGAGGAAAACGCCCGACAGUAUAAAUUCAGAUCACGCAACAGAUGCUGCUACUACUCAACUCUGGCAAGCGUUGGCACGAUCAGCUGCUAAAAGCAAAGAAGAAACUCAAGCUAGUGAGCUAUUACGAAACAUGAUGAGUCACCCUUUCGUGUUUUCGGUGCCACCAACAAUUUCAAUGUCAGUAUCAAAUGUACCUGAUGAACCUAUGGGUCUUUUGAAGGAUUUCUCGGAGGCUCAACUGAACAAAGUUAAAACAUGUAGAAGAAAACAAAGUUUUCCUACCAAAACAGAUUCUGGAGAAACGGCAGGCGCUAAAGGUGCCGAUGUGUUUCCUAGCUUAAAGUCGACAUGCAGUGCAACUCUAGAAGCUCAAAAGGAGAAAGAGAAAAAAUAUUUUAAAAGUAAGAAUACUAACGUUCUACCGGGUACGCAAAAAGAUAUGUGUUGUUCAAAUUGUGGUACUCUCACAACAACCAUUUGGAGGCGAAGCGUUAGAGGAGAAAUGGUUUGUAAUGCCUGUGGAUUGUACUUUAAACUUCACGGCGUCAACAGACCCCAUUCGAUGAGACGUGACACUAUACACACCCGGCGCAGGCGUCCAAAAGAAUGCGAGAGAUCCAAAAAACGAACUAAAAUGCCGUGCUCUUUGGGUGGGGAACAUAAAAUUGAAGGCAUAAACAUCUCUAUGGAAUCUAAGCAGAUGGAAUGUUUGCCAACCUCUGAACCGCUCAGUGUUUCAGGACUAGUAUUAGACAGAUACAAGAUCCAAAUGUGUGAAGAAGAAGAAGAAGCAAGCGCUUCAUCAGCGUUAAAGAACGUGUUUACAAGACGAAAGAAGACACAAUGUUCACCGGCCUACAGCGAUGUCUGCGAAGCCGAGGAGCUGUCAGUACCACUUAAUCUUGUAUCCAGUGAAAAUAGCAAGUUAACAUAAAACGCCAAAUUAAACACAGCUUCAACUACUCACAAUAAAAAUGUUGCAACGCACAUCUUAUUUAUUUACUUAAAAGAUAGCAAUGAAAAGUUUUAUUUC